AAAUUAACCGAUUAUGCACAUGCACCAUUAGUAGGGCAUAUACUCAUAACUGGACGAGAUAUUGAUAAGGAGAACGUGAAGGGACCCGAGUCUUCUAUGGGCAUAAUGUGCUUCGUAUGGAGAUACAGAUUAGCUGUUUCAGUUAUUUUGGUUUUAGUAAUCUGUGAUAUGCAUGCAUCGGAUGGUGCGCAACCAGUUGGAAAAGUUAAUCCACGCGGAAACCACUGGGCAGUUGGGCACUUAAUGGGCAAGAAAAGCACAGAUGAGCGGCUUAGGCUGGACGAUCUAGACAGCGGUGGCGAGGGCUCUAUGGCGACCCCAGAUCAAGACCUGCAGCCGGACAGAUACACUGACCCUUUCCUGCGGGCGAUUAUGAGAGAGCAGACUGAACCGGAGAUCACGCGAGAGCGUAUCAGGCUUGACGCGUUGGAACGGCACCAGCGCGUGCUAGCGAAAGAGCGUCAGAUGGAGGAAGAGAGCGACAGAGCCAAAAUGUUCGAGAAAUUAUUAUCACGAUCUAGGCAUGGAGGAUGACAACACAAGCUAAGGACAUGCUUCUGUGAUUCGAAGUUCUGGAAAAUGACAACAUUGCUUGACAACUGGCUCUGUCGGAUACAAAUCUCUUUAUUCAACAAUGUAUAAAUAAGCAUGUUAUAUUUUUGUAUGCAAAAUCUCUCUAUGAAAUACAUUACAAACAUGUGUCAACAUUCUGUAUGUUUUUAUGCUGUUGUUUUAUCUUCAUGAUAACUGACACUAUAGUGUCCAUUGUAGUCCCAUUUCAAUCAACUUCUAUUUAAUACAUUUUAACCUGUUUGACUGUCUUCAGUGGAAGUACAGAGGUGACAUUUAAAUGCUUAUAAAAAUUACAAUGUGGACAAGUAUCAUUGUGUGUCAUUUGAAAUGUCUUGACAAUUUUGAGUAAAAAAAAAAUUAAGAAUUUCUUAUGUUUCUAUUACAUCUUAACAAUUAAUUUGCUGGGCUAGUAUAUGUGUCAUGUGAGAGGAUAAAAAGGCACCUUCUUUUCAUAGAAAAACCAAAAA